CUUAACUUGAACAAAACCCAACAGUUUUAUUCGUUUUCAUUUGGCAACAUUGCGGGGUGAGUCAACUUGUGAAUUUGUUUUUCGAAACGUCAGAUUGCCGUAUUAUUUUGUUUGUUGUUUCUUUGUUAAUAAAUGAUUUACAGCUCUCAAAGCUGUCAAUUUGGCAGUUUUUUACAUUAAUAAGUAUUGAUUGUUUACGUCAGUAUAACUUACACAACAGUAAAUUUUAUGGUGUUAUAUUGUUAUUUAAAAAGGGCUACUUAAACAUUAACCAUGGAGGCUGCCCCUAGGCUUCCAAUGAUACAAUUUAAUCUCUUGACUAGUAAUGAACCAACGUCAUUUGGGACUGCUUUAAAACAGUAUAUCCAAGCAUUUUACAAUGAAGAACCGGAGUCCUACUCUAAUGAAAUCCAUAGUUUAGAAGGUUUACGAGCAUUAGCAACUAGGCCAACCGUUGAUAUUUCAGGAUGUGAAGCUUUAAGGAAAUAUUACUGUCAGUUGCAUUUUUUAAAGUCCAGAUUUCCCAUGGAAGAAGGACAACCAGCAGCAGUGCACUUUUCAUGGAAAAGUUCACCCUCCUCUUCGAAUUGUACUGUUGGUGAUAUUCGUUUUGAGUUAAUGUGUGUAUUGUACAACAUAGGAGCAUUACAUACUCAAUUGGGUGCUGCAGACUUAAGAACUUCGCCAGAAGGAAUGAAAAUGGCUUGCACACAUUUUCAAUGUGCUGCUUGGGCAUUUCAAACAAUUAAAGAAACAUAUGGCCAUUCAGUAAAUUUUAUAUCAUCCUUCUUUGUAAUACAUUUUUUUCAACAAGUAUGUUUGGCUCAAGCCCAAGAAUGUAUAUUGGAAAAAAGUAUGUUGGAUAAUCGCAAGGCUUCAAGCAUAGCAAAAGUUGCAGUCCAAGUGUAUGACUACUACCGAUCAGCUUUAAAUAUUUUGCAAAAUAAUCAAGAAGAGGCUGGUGUAACUGAAGGAUUAGACUAUAAGGUUUUUAAGGGCUGGAUCAAGUAUUUGUCAUUUAAGUUGGCAUAUCAUAAAUGCAUAGCACUGCUAUUCCAAGGGCAGCAGGCUGAGGAACAGCAGAAAAUGGGUGAAAGGGUGGCUUUUUAUCAGGCAGCCUGUGAGCAGCUUGAAGAUGCCAGGAAGUUGGCUACAAAUUUUAAAAAUCAACAGGAAUAUGCCGAAGCAUUGGCUUUUACGCUGGACGUAGUGGAAGGGAAACGCAAAGCAGCUAAAAAUGAAAAUGAAUUUAUAUACCAUGAAGAAGUUCCGGCCAAAGAGGCGCUACAAGAAGUAAAAGGUGCCUCCCUUGUUAAAGGAAUACCAUUCAGCGUAAACGAUCCAGAAGUAUCUGGUCAGGAUAUUUUUGCUCGUUUGGUGCCUAUGGAAGCCCACGAAGCCGCUUCUUUAUACAGUGAGAAAAAAGCAGAGUUUAUCAGAGAGCUUGGGGAGCUGGUUGAUAAUAAAGAUCAGGCUGUGGCAGAGUUUAUGUCUUCAAUGCAGCUGGAGUUUUUAAAUAAAGUACAUUUAUCCACUGGAAUCCCACAGGAAAUAGUUGAUAGGGCGGCAGCAAUGAAUGCAAGACCCGCCGCAAUACAAGACCUUGUAGACUCAAUGGGCAAAUUGUCUAAUAUUUUUCAUGAAGUUGAGUCUAUGCUUAAUGAAAUUGACAUGCUUUUACAGGACGAAGAAAAAAGCGAGAAAGAGUAUCAAGAGUCGAUGGGCAAACGACCACCCAGUAUUGUGGCGACCGACUUGGCUCGAGAGGCGGCAAAGUAUCGCGAGGCGCAUACAAAAGCAAACGACUCGAAUCAGACGUUACACCGUGCCAUGACUGCGCAUGUCGCUAAUCUAAAGAUAUUGCAGCAACCGCUCAGGCAGCUACAACAACAAUUACCGAAUGUUGACCUAAAAAAUGAAAAUGUGGACCAUCAAGGUUUAGUGGAAUUGGAGGCUUUAGUGAGCAAGGUUGAAGAAAUGAGAUCGCAAAGAGCGAUGCUGUGGGCUGAGUUUCGAGAAGCUUUACAUAACGACGAUAUUACAGGCGUUUUAGUUACAAAACAGCCGGAACAAACCUUGGAUCAAGUUUUUAAAAAAGAACUUGAGAAACAUAAACAAAUGUCUGACUUGAUUAAACAAAACACUGCAGCCCAAGAAAACAUUAAAAAAGCCCUGGUAGAAUGCUACGCAAAAACAUUAAACUCCAGAAGGUUUAUACAGGACAUCAUCCAAAAAAGGCAAACCACCAUAAAUGCCUUAAUGACGUCGUACGACGCUUACGAUGACUUAUUGGCAAAAGCUAACAAGGGCAUAGAAUUCUAUACAAAACUGGAAACAAACGUCACCAAACUGCUACAACGUCUCAAAGGCGCGUGUAACGUUCAGCAGGAAGAGCGAGAUCAGAUGCUUUCUAAAAAUGAACCUCGCAAACUGGAAAACGCACCACAACAAAUAGUUCCGAGUGUGGUUCCGCCACAGUCAUCGACGCCCAAACUAAAAGAUUAUUUGGAGGCCAGGAAAAACAAACCGCCAACACCCGCUCCUGCCAUGGUUCCACCUCAAGCUUACCCACAAUAUCCGCAGGAUCCACAGGUUUGGCCUCCAGGUGUCAGACCUGCACCACUUGGGUCAGAGGUUAAUGAACCGAUGAACUCGAAAAACGCUCAAGAAGCCUAUGGAUACAGUAAUCCAUAUUUUAACCAACAAACCUAUCAAUACCCAACUGAUGUUUAUGCCAGCCAAAACAACUACAGUGUAAAUGAUGCACAGCAAAUAAACUACCCUACAGAUGCAUACAGUCAAAAAACAGUUUACAAUGCAUCAGAACAAACAUCGGAUAAAAAUACAGUUAUAAAUCGUAUGAAUAAUCUAUCGACUUCCACAAACAGCCAACCAAAUCCCAGCGAUUACUACGGGGUUAAACCAACUUCUUACACCAGCUACAUACCACAAAAUUACCCAGCUACUUACAGUUACAACACUCAACCGACCGUUCCUCAGUCUCAGCCUUUGAGUUAUACCAACUAUGAUCCAGCGAAGGCUAAUACCACCUCAACAUAUUCGUAUGUACCUAUAUCAAGCAACAUUGGAUCCUCUUUGCCCACACACAACAUUGGAUCCUCUUUGCCCACACCCGACACAUCCAGCACUUACAGCCAAUAUAAAAACCCCGCAAAUUAUCCUUCCGAUGCGGCUACAGGUUAUAACAAUCCCUCUUCGACACCAACAAGUUCAGUAGGUAAUUAUCAACAACCGACAAGCUAUAGCGAUGCCAGUAGUUACCCAAACCCGACUGGAAGCUAUACCAGCAUGAGUGGUAGCUACUCUUCUUCUGAGGUUGCAGCUCCGUAUCAAAGUCCUGCAAGCGCCUACCCAAAUAUAACUCCCAUAUCUACAAAUUACCAAAAACCUAUUCCCGACGUAUCUAACUACCAAAACACUGCAAUGCCCAGCCAGACCAACUAUCAAUAUCCUGAUGCAUACUCUCAAUACUAUCCGCAAGGAUAUGCCCCCGGUUAUUCUAACGAAGCCGCCCCAGCCUCAGAUUACCCCACUUAUAACUAUCAUUCCAAUCAGUAUGCCUCUUCAGUGCAACCCAAUGUUUCUAACGCCAACACUGCGACUUAUUCUUCGCCCACCGUUGAGACCGCAAGUAGCCACACACCAAGGAAAAACAGCAUGACUGCAAGUACGGAUCAACAAUACAAUUAUCAAAAUUAUCAGUAUCCUUAUCCAACUCAAACUCCACCUGCUGGGUAUGCAUCGAACCAAAACUAUGGUAGUUACGAUUAUCAGCAAGGUCAAGGUUAUAACCAACAAAACUACGCGCAGGGUACGCAACAACAGGCUGACCUUCAACAAGUUGUUCAGCCUGCACCCGAACCACAACCUAAAAAAGAGUCCAACAUUGAUCUGCUAACAGGUCUAGACUUUUCCAUAAAUCAAGCUCCUCUGGUGCCACAGCAAAAAACCAUUGAAAAACAAGUUGAACCUUCCAAAGAAGAAAUUAAAGCUGAUAGAAAACCUAAACCUUCUCUAAUAGAAAAAACACCUAGCGUGGAAAAACCUAAAGCUCCCCAAGUGAAAAUUUUACCUAGCAAAGUAUUAAACAACGAGGAAGUUAAGAGGCUUUUUAAUCAAGAGUUGGAAAAGUUUGAGAAGUAUGUGGAUGUACUAUCAAAUAAAACGUUAAGUGGACCAACCAAUUUGGAUUUAAAGUGGAAGGAAAUCCAGGAUAAGCAGGAUGCUGAUGGACACAAAAAAAUAAUUUCUGUGGCACGGUGUUACCCAAUGAAAAAUCGUUAUCCUGAUAUUUUACCAUAUGAUUCUAAUCGUGUGGAGCUAGUAGAACCUAAAGAUGACUACAUUAAUGCUUCUUACCUAAAGGAUGUGUCUCCUUAUGCACCUUUAUUUAUUUUGACUCAAGCACCUUUGCCUUCAACUUUUGUUGAUUUUUGGACUCUGAUCAGAGAACAGCAAGUCGAGCUUAUUUUUUGUUUGUUAAAUGAUAGUGAGAUUGGAAAUGAUGUGUAUUGGCCGAAAGAAAAGGGACAAAAUUUGACCGUUUCAAAUAUGGUGAUAUCUUUACAAAGUGUGAUAGUUAAGACUAAUUGGGUGGAAAGACUGAUUUCGGUUGCAAUUCCUGAAAAAAGAGAAUCUUGGGUUGUAUUGCAUUUGCAGUUCACUUCUUGGCCAGGAAGUUUAUUCCCAACUUCCCCUGAAAGUUUUGUUGAAUAUACAAAGGAAGUUAUAAAUCUUCAUAACCAACAAAGAAAUAUAUUUCAUCCAGUUGUUGUCCAUUGUUCCUCUUCAAUAGGUAGAGCUGGAUUGAUACCAUUGUUAACGACAGCUAUUUUGGACGUAACUAAUAAUCCCACAUCGAUACCCGAUUUGGCACAAAUUGUUAUGAAACUAUCUAACAGCCAAAAAAAUGUUUUAAGAGAUCGAGAACAUCUAAGAUUUGCAUAUGAGGCAUUUGUUUGCUACAUUAAGCAAGUUGUUACACAAGAUAAACUCAAAAGUAAGCUAAACGAUGUUGUGGUAAAUUCAAGUAUAAAUACAGAAACUCAACCAACAGUUGAGGUAAAAGAUGUGAAUGCAGAUCCGCUGAGUUCUCUGGACCCGUUUUGGGCAAGUAAAAAGUAAAUUAAUCUUUUUUAAAGUAUUAUUCAUAAUCUGUAUGUAAUUAGAAUCGGAACCAGAAUUGUAUUUGUUUAAAAUGUUAAAUAUUUUAACCUAUUAACUAAAAAUACGUUUUAUUAUCCUAUUGAUUUUAAAUAAAAUAAAGUUUUAAAUGUAUCAUCAUAA